AUGAAACUGAACGGUUUAAUAGCUGCUGUUCUGAUCAGCAUUUGUUCCCUGGGUUGGGCCAGGAAUAUCGACUAUUGCACUACGCCGUACUGCAAAGGCAACCACUUGGUCUGCCGUAAUCCGGAUAAAUUUAACGUAAGGUGUCCGUCAGGCGCCAAGACCAUUCCGAUGAUGACCUUCCGCAACGCCCUGCUAACUGCCAUCAAUGAGUUCCGCAAUGACACGGCUAGUGGAGCAGGAAUAUACCUUAAGCCGGCGGCCCGCAUGGCACGGAUGAGCUAUUCCACGGAGCUCGAGGAAUUCGCUCGACUGGCGGUCAUCACCUGCUCCACCGAUAAGUUCUGCCUAAGUUCAAAGGAGUUCUACUAUGUGGGCUACAUACACGAUGCCGUUUACUACGUGGGGCCAAAGGAAGACUUGGAGGACCUGGAACUGACACUGCGAAUCAUUCAAGAUUGGACUAGAAGUCUGGAUUAUAUCAAUUUAAAAACGGCUAUCUACUUGCCUGCUACUUUGGAAAAUACGGACAUCGCCAAUACUGCACUUUUGAUGGCAGAAAAGAACACUCACAUAGGCUGCUCUGCGUUACGAUUCACUGUCAGUGAAAACCACAACUUUAUCAUUGCGUGCGCCUUCAGCACGGAUCUCAUGGUACGGCGACCCAUCUACCGGAUGUCCGGUGUCCCGGGAAGCGCCUGCAAGCACCGUGAUCCAAUUUUCAAAGCCCUCUGUGCCCCCGGAGAGAAUUACGAAAGUGAUAAGGCUGUGCCCAAUGCCACUAUCUUUAGUCCGCCGAUCAAUAUCGUAGGGAUUCGCAAGCUGUAUAUGGAAUCUCUGCCUUAA